CAGUGUCACCCAACCGGCACCACAGAACAAAAGUACUCCUGAUCGGCACCCCCUGCCCUGUCCUGUGCAGUCCUGUGUUUGUUCGUCAGAGUAAACAUUUUCUUUGCCUGUGCCUGCCCCUAAAGGUAGACUAAAGGUUAGAUCGAGUCGAAAUUCGUUCAAGAUCUGGCAGAACUUAAAAAACUCAAAAAUUGAUCGUUUUUCAGUUGAAACAUGGAUUUGCUAAAGGCUCCCUCGGUUCAGUCUUUAUUGGACUCUGAUUUGGAAUCUGUUGAGAGUCUGCAGUAUUUAGAUAUUGAAGAGCUGGAUGAAGUAGAGUAUGCAUUACCAGCAAGUGAAGCUCCAACACUAGCUGAGGUUUUAUUGGAUGAAGUGGAAGAUGGCCAAGAGCCACCAGCAGAACUACUCAAGCCUACAGAUGAAUCUGGGGCUUGCUCAGCAUUACAAGUGGAGUUACUUCAAGCUGUCUCUCAACAACUUGUACAAGCCCAGGACCGAUCAUCCACAGGCGUGGUCACUUCACUUAGUGUCGCCAAAGAUGGUAGAUUGACAGUGGGGACAGCACAUGGUCAUCUUUUGACAUUUUUUGAACAAAUAUUACGAUGGGUUUGUAAUUCAAACUCAGACCGCGGAGCAGUUUCGUGUUUGUCAUAUAACAGCGAUGGAACUCGCUUACUGGCUGGCUUCGCACGUGGCCUCAUCUGUCAGUAUGAAAGUAUAAAGGGGAUUUUGCUGCGAAGAGUGACGUUAGGAGGAGAAAUAUGGGGUAUAUUACGAGUAACUUGGGCAGGCAUGUCAGGGCUCGCACUUGAUACAGGCGGCUCUGUUUGGUUGAUAAAGUUUUCUCGGCCACUUGGAGUGCGAUCGGCUCGUACUUCCUGUUUGUUUUCGGGUGCUAGAGGGGAAGUAGUAGCGAUGAAGGCUAGAGAUGCAAGAAUUUUAGCAUUAGCCACGCUGUCGCGGGUCAUCAUAGUGGCAGGCGGACGUGCCGCGGGAGUGCGUCUGGGCGGUCCACCCGACACUCUGCCCGUCUUAGAGUGGUGUGAAUCAGACAAUCGGAUACUUGUAUGUGCUCGUUCGAAAACAUUGCAAUGGAUAUCAGUAAAUGUAACUGGGUCGUCGAUAACAUUGCGGCCGCUGAAACGAGUUGAAUUGAAAACCACGCCAUUAUGGCUCGGCUGGAUUGGUGGAAGUUUGGCUAUUUUUGAUUCGGAUGAAAAUCUUCGAUUAUGGGGAGAUGACUAUGACAAACCUCUGGACCUAUCUCACAUUGAACCUGUUUAUGCCUCAGCUUUCUUUAAGGGCCUUUGGACGGACGGAUUGGUGUCGAGCGCGAUGAGGUCGGCGGGCGUGAGCGCGCUGGGCGGCGCAUGCGUGCGUGCGGGCGCGCUAUCGCUGCUGGGCCGGCGCGGCGUCGUGCGCGUGCGCGUGCGCGACGUCUGCGCGCGCGCGCACGCCGCGUUGCGCGCCGCCCACCACUCCCACGCCCUGCGUCUCCUCGCCCUCGCUGACGGCCCUGAAGCUGAAACGCUCGCGAGGGACUUCGUCGACUAUCUGUCGCAGAGACCACAUUUACUGGCGAACAAGAGUGUAGCCGAUCAAGUUAUCGAACUCUGUCUGAAGUUCCAUUUAAGUGAGGAAUUAUGGAGCAAUUUAUGGGAACAGUGUUCUUCUGAAAAAGCAUUCGUCGAAGCCUUGGGUGACGCUGCUGUUAUGUGCAAAUUAACAAACAUGCCUCCUUCGCCUGAUUCAACUCAGGCGCUCAUCGAGCGGCUGGCGGAGUGUGAGCCGGCGCUGGUGGAGCGCGUGCUGGCGUCGCUGCCGCUCACGGCGCUGGACCCGCACCGCGCCAGCGUCUUCUGCAGGCAGCGCGGGCUGUGGCGCGCUGUCGGCGCCGUCGCCGCUGCUCUCGGCGGCAGUUGCGGCGCGAUGCGCGAGCUCGUGCAGCACGUGUCGGCGGAGUGCGGGCGCGCGCGCGCGUCGUGCGGGUGCGCGUGCGCGUGCGCGGGCGACGCGCUCGUGCUGGCGUGCGCGGACGCGCUGGCGGGCCGCGGCGCGGGCGGCCGGCCGCUGCCCGAGCACAAGCGCCCUUCCGCGAGACACGACGCGCUGCAAACCUUGCUGGCUGAGACGGGCGCACACGGACGGUCCCCGCUGCAGACGGCGGUGCAGCACGACGCGGACGCGGCCAUGCGCUUGCUGCAGCAGAGCGCGCGCGACCCGCCCUUCACCGGCCCGCUCGGCAAGCAGAACCGCCUGCGCGUCGCCAGGGCGCUGCUGGCCUUCAUUCCGCAGCUGCAGGACAGCGAGGCGGUGCUGCAAGUGUUGGAGUUCGUGACGAGCCAACUGCGGUCGGGCGCGCUGCCGGGCGACGCGGCGCUGGCGGCGGCGGCGCGCGCGGCCGCGCGGGCGGCGGCGGGCGAACGCGCCGACCGCGCGCUCCUCACUCUGCUGCUGCUGCAUCUGCCGUCUCUACAUGAUAUAGAUGAGCUGCAAGGCCGCCCUCGCGUUCUGUGGCGGCUGGAGGCUCAGCUUGGACAACAUAAACGAGCGCUCGAACAUUUUUUCCAAAUCGUCGAACCGUCAGCCGUAGACAUCGACGAACUUUUCGAUUACGUGCGCACGCGCGCAGCCGACGAUGGCCAAUUAUUUGCUACAUUUUCUCAUGACGACCGAUGUGAUCUUUUCCGAUCACUCGUUGAAUUACGACCACGCGCCGCAGCCGAGUUAAUCGAAGAUGAUGAAUCAGACUAUGUCGUUCCCGUAUUGAAUGUUAUGUCUGGGGAACGAGUUCUAGAGUUUGCAGACUGUCUGCUGAAAUUGGGGCGCCUUCGAGGUGAUGCCGCCGCCGCUCAUCUACGAAACAUGUGUAAAUCUAAUAGCGGAGGCGUGAAAGAGUUCCUUAUACAGAAUCCGGGCAUCGUCCGUCCAGAGGACGCAUUGGCGAUCGUCCGAGAAAUGAAGGUCGAAGACGCCGAGGCGACCUGCCUCGAGGCGGUCGGUGAUUGCGAGGGCGCCCUCGAGAGUCUCCUGCGUCGCCUCGAGGGGAGCGAGGCGGAGUCCGCCGCGGAGGUCGCGGGCGAGGCGGGGGCGCUGUGCGCGCGCGCGGCAGCGAGCGUGCCGCGCGCGGCGGCCGCGGCCAUGUGGGAGCGGCUGCUGCAGCGCGCGCCCGGCCUGCCGCCCGCGCUGCUGCUCGAGGCGGUCCCCUAUCUGCCGGUGCAGAGCUUGCUGGGCCGCACGUGCGCGAGCCCGCGCGCCGCGCUCGCUCUGGCGGCGUGCGCGGGCACGCGGCGGCGCGGCUGGCAGUGCGCGGCGCGCAUCGCCGGCCGCGAGGCGCACGAGGCGCUGGCGCGCGCGCUGGCGGCGGCGGGCCGCGGGCUGCCGGUGCGCGGUCGCUGCGUGCGCUGCGGCCGGCGGCUGGCGCUGGCGGCGACGCGCACGCAGCACUGCGCGCGCGCCGUGCACGCGGCGUGCGCGCCGGAGCCGGCGUGCGCCGCGUGCGGCGCGCGCGUCCCCGCGGAGGUGGCCGUGUUGCCGACGCGCGCGCCGCGCCGUGUUUCUCCUCCCCCCGACAAUUCUCUACUAUUAGUAGCACCACCGCGUCCGGAUCUCGAAGGUGUAGUGUGACGUUUAGGAUUUAUUGACAAUUGCAUCACGUUUGAGCUUAAAUUGUUAAUAAAGUGUAAUCAUAUUAUAUACAAAAACGAGCAUUAUUUACUAACUAGUAGGCUAGUUGGAUAACAAAGAAAUUUGCAUUAAGUACAAUAAAAGGGCUUAUUGUUUUUGUGAUUCUAUCUAGGGUGACCACUUGAGCUAAAACCAAAAACUUAACACUUUAUUAACACCUAACGAAUUUAUGAACAGACCAUAUGUACCUCAAACAUUUUGAUAAAAAUCAAAAUCGAUUGGAUCAUGAUUGGAUGCAGGGGGUCCCCGGCUGUAUAAAAUAUUUUUUAUAUUAAAUUAUUGUUUGUAACUUAUUCCAAUGUAUGUAUAGAUCCAUAUAUACAAUCAAAACUUAAGAAAUUUAGCAAUAGGUACUACUUUUUCAUCCCUACCCCAAAUCCACCACCCUGUGUGGGUUUUAGGUGAAUUUCGAAUAAUCUUAUUGUGCAAAAAAUUAAGGUUUUAAAACAAAUAUCUUUUAUUACACAAUCUAACCUAAAAAAGCUAAAUAGCGUUCAAAAAUUGUAUAGCUUAUCAUCAUCUCGUAUAUCAAAUAAUUGUAAAAUAUGUAUUGAAUAGUUAACUAGGUACACCCAUACCACAGAACUGUAGUGAAGUGACCCGUACAGUCUUCAACUGAAAAAAAUAAAUGAGGGCACUGUCUCCUGUUGGCUGGCAACACUGAAUGUUUAUCUGGUUGAUCUUAAUAAUUCUAUAUGAUAUUAAAAAAUGUGUAAAAAAAUAUAAUUCGUUUAAAAUAUGUAUAAAUAUAUUUUGACCACCUUGGUGGCGCAGUGGUAAAGUUGCCUCUGAACCGAGAGGUCCCGGGCUCGAUCCCCGGUGGGGUCAUGAUGGAAAAUGAUCUUUUUCUGAUUGGCCCGGGUCUAUGUUUAUAUAUAUGUAUUUGUUAUAAAACAUAGUAUCGUUGAGUUAGUAUCCCAUAACACAAGUCUCGAACUUAUUUUGGGGCUAGCUCAAUCUGUGUGAUUUGUCCUAAUAUAUUUAAAUUAUUUAUUUAUUAUUGUUUAAAAUAAGUUUUCUUUACUUUCUUGACAGACUGUAUAAAUAAAUUUGUUAUAUAAGUUAAUGAUUUGUAUUACCAUACCGUACACAUAAUACACGUACCACGUAGGUAAUCACAUUGUAAGACAAUAAAAAAAAUGUGUGGAAUGUUCAAAAAAA